AACCCUCUCCUCCGGAAGUGACGUGUCCACGGCCUAGCAACCGUUGCCAAGGAGCUCGUCUCUAGGAACCCACUAGAGCCUGGAUGCCUCGUGUGGGGGUAAAGUGGUUUCGGGAGGAGAAUUUGAGUUUAAAUUAUAAGACCUAAUUAUGAGUGAUCAAAUAAAAUUCAUCGUGGACAAUCUCAAUAAGGAACCUUUUAGGAAGAACUAUAAUUUAAUCACAUUUGAUUCCCUGGAGCCAAUGCAACUAUUACAAGUUCUCAAUGAUGUUCUGGCUGAGAUUGACCCAAAGCAAGUUGUUGAUAUCAGAGAGGAGAUGCCAGAGCAAACAGCCAAAAGGAUGUUGAGCCUUCUUGGUAUUCUUAAAUACAAACCUCCAGGAAAUGCCGCAGACAUGAGUACCUUUCGUCAGGGUCUGGUGAUUGGAAGUAAACCUGUAAUUUACCCAGUGCUCCAUUGGCUUCUUCAGAGAACUAAUGAACUGAAGAAAAGAGCAUAUUUAGCUCGUUUUUUAAUAAAACUUGAAGUACCAAGUGAGUUUCUCCAGGAUGAAACUGUGGCUGAUACCAAUAAACAGUAUGAAGAUUUGAUGGAAGCCUUUAAAACUUUGCAUAAAGAAUGUGAGCAGCUCAAGACAUCUGGAUUUUCUACAGCAGAAAUAAGAAGGGAUAUCAGUGCAAUGGAGGAAGAAAAGGAUCAGCUUAUUAAGAGAGUUGAACGUUUGAAGAAAAGGGUGGAGGCAGUUCAGAAUCAUCAGAGGAUGCUGAAAAUAGCAAGGCAACUUCGAGUUGAGAAAGAGAGAGAAGAAUUUCUUGCACAACAGAAACAGGAACAAAAAAAUCAGCUAUUUCAUGCAGUGCAGAGACUGCAAAGAAUACAAAACCAGCUGAAAAGUAUGCGACACGCAGCAGCAGAUGCGACACCUGAAAGUUUAAUGAAGAGGCUAGAGGAGGAGAUAAAAUUUAAUUCAUACAUGGUAACUGAAAAAUUUCCUAAAGAAUUAGAGAACAAGAAAAAAGAAUUACAUUUUUUACAAAAAGUGGUCUCGGAGCCUGCUAUGGGCCAUUCUGAUCUUCUUGAACUUGAAUCUAAAAUAAAUGAAAUAAACACACAGAUCAAUCAGCUGAUUGAAAAGAAAAUGAUGAGAAAUGAACCAAUUGAAGGCAAACUGUCACUAUAUAGGCAACAGGCAUCUAUCAUUUCUCGUAAAAAAGAAGCCAAAGCUGAGGAACUUCAGGAAGCAAAGGAAAAGUUAGCCAACCUAGAGAGAGAAGUGUCAGUGAAGACAAGUCAGACCCGUGAAUUUGAUGGCACUGAAGUUUUGAAGGGAGAUGAGUUCAAGCGAUAUGUCAGUAAACUUCGAAGCAAAAGUACAGUUUUCAAAAAGAAGCAUCAAAUAAUAGCCGAAUUUAAAGCUGAAUUUGGUCUCUUGCAGAGGACAGAAGAACUUCUUAAGCAACGUCAUGAAAAUAUUCAACAUCAACUGCAAACUAUUGAGGAGAAAAGGGGUAUAUCUGGAUAUAGUUAUACCCAAGAAGAACUAGAACGAGUGUCUGCUCUGAAGAGUGAAGUUGAUGAAAUGAAAGGACGGACACUGGAUGACAUGUCUGAAAUGGUAAAAAAACUAAAUUCCCUGGUAUCUGAAAAGAAGUCAGCUCUAGCUCCAAUUAUAAAAGAACUACGACAAUUGCGUCAGAAAUGCCAAGAGUUAACCCAAGAGUGUGAUGAAAAGAAAUCCCAGUAUGAUAGCUGUGCUGCAGGCCUUGAAAGCAAUCGGUCCAAAUUAGAACAGGAAGUCAGAGGGCUCCGUGAGGAGUGUCUUCAAGAAGAAAGUAGAUACCAUUAUAUAAACUGUAUGAUUAAGAACCUAGAAGUACAACUUCGUCGUGCUACUGAUGAAAUGAAGGCAUAUGUCUCCUCUGAUCAACAAGAAAAAAGAAAAGCAAUUAGGGAACAAUAUACCAAAAAUAUUGCUGAACAGGAAAAUCUUGGAAAGAAACUCCGGGAAAAACAAAAAGCUGUACGAGAAAGUCAUGGUCCAAAUAUGAAACAAGCAAAAAUGUGGCAUGAUUUUGAACAAUUGAUGGAAUGUAAGAAACAGUGCUUUCUGAAACAACAAACCCAAACUUCCAUUGGUCAGGUAAUUCAGGAGGGAGGAGAGGACCGGCUGAUACUCUGAGUUCAUUUGCCAUUGUUAGGGGCGUUAGUUGAUGCUGCUAGCUAUAAGCAAAAUCCCAUGGUGUAUUUCUUUUUUUUUUUUUAAGUGAUUUGUUCAACAUUUUGCUUUCAGAUUAGCCAUUCUCUAUUAAGUUUUCAUGGAAAAUAAUGCUAAGGUAGAUUUAGGUUUUAAAAGUUUCUAAUAUGAAAAAGAGGCUUUUAUUAUUUCGCUUAGUUUAUACAUCAGUGGCGUCUUCUGUUUUAUAAGACAAGAGACUGAGUUUACUAUCUGUAAAUGUAAACACAUGUCCAUUAAGAAACAUGUAAGUUUUUGUUUGAACAUAAUAACCCAGUGGCUUAAUGUUUUUCUUAAUCUUUUUUUAACUUUAGAGAAAUCUUUUAGGAACUAAUAUCUCUUGUUUUGAAGAAACAUUUAUCUGAAGUUCAGCAAUUCCUACAGUUUCACUUCAGUUUCUUUUUCUUCUGUACAAUUCAAGAACAUUUAAUAUUUUGAAUCACAUAUUUGUUCUAUUUGUAUUGUUUAAAGGCAAAUAAAACUUGGUGCACAUAUCAUGGCUAUUUAAAAUUUAUAUAGUAUAAAUUUUAAUCUUUUUAAAGUAAGUAUUCAUGUAUAGUACUGUACUAAAUUUAAGAUUAUUGCUUAUUUUCACCAAAAAUCUAACACAAUAGGUUCUGGGCAUUAUUAUUUUAAAUAUAAGAAACUGUCAAAGUGCCUCCAAUCUCUGCUUCAUUUGGACAAGGUAUCUGAAGAUGUCUUUAAUUUUUCCUUAAAGAUACUAAAUUCAUAUGCCACCCUUUACUUCAUUUCAGUUUCAAUAUACUUUUCAAAUUUUCUUUAUUUUAGACUUGAAAACUCAGAUUUCAAAUGGUUAGCAUGUCCUUCUUGGGUUCGUUCUUCUUAGCUUUCCUGGAGAAAACAAAGCAAAAACAUUUUGAUGAAAAAAAUUGUUUCCACCCUUGCAAAAUAUACAAACUUGAUUAAUGGCCUUGGGUGUCUGUUCCCAAAUGUGUCCUACCCUUUUUUUGUCUUUCUUGAUAAUUAGAGAAUUUCAUUAGCAUGGAAAUUACUUACAUUUCUAGGAGCUAUCGCCAGAAUAGAUAGGAUCCAUCUGAGUAUGGAAGAGCUUACCAGGAAAGUAUAGAAAGAAACUUCUUUUAACAUAUUGUAAGAAAAAAAAAGAGAAGUAUUUCAGUGUUAUUAAGUGCUUUGGAUCUGAUCCUCAGCUUACUUUAACUACUUAUUUGGACAAAUAUCAGUUAUCAGAAUUCUCACUUGGCCCUUAGAUCAACUAUUGGAUCAACCAUGUACUAAAAGAGCAAAGACUGUGUUCAGUGUGUAGAAACAAACCCUUACUAAUUCAAUAAUCAGUUUUGGGACAUUGUAUUUGUUCAGAGUUGGCUACUGGCUUGUUAUUUUUAAGCCAGUAGUAAGUGAUGUUCCUUUUAGAGUAUGAAUUCCUUUAAAAAUAUUUGAAAAAGACUAGAUGCCCUUCCCAGAAACAGCAUUUUAUUCCCCAAAGGAAUGCCAAUUUGUAAGACUAUUAAGCCUAGUGACUAGUUUUUUCAGUCUUUGCUAUCUUUGGUGCUCUUAAUUUUUUAAAUUGUUAGCAAGAGAUACGUCAAGGAAUGCUUAUAAUUCUGAUUUGAUUACUGCUUGCUUUCAUUCCACACAGAAAGAGUUAUGUGGAUUAAACACUAAGGCAGCUCCAAAAUUAUUUUAUUCACUGAAGCAGAACAUCAUUACUACUUCAAGAAAAGCAAAUUGAAAAAAAGGCCUAAAAGUGCAAAGCUAUUUAUAGUUUUUAUGUAACAUUGGACAUUUAGUAACAUAGCUUAAUGGGUUUUAUACAGUGACUCCACUCAUUUUAUGAUUUGAUUGGAACAGUAAAAAGCUUUGACUAACUCUGACAGUUUUUGACAGGUGGCACUUACAAAAGAAGAGCUUAUUACAUUUUUCCUUCAGGAUUGAUACUUUAGCUGGCUAAUUGAUGAGAAUGCCUAAUCAUUUUAGAAAAUAAUCUCAUCUUCCACAUGAUGACCCAAAUUAAGGAAAAAAAUGUAGCCUGUGAAAUCUACUUCUUUGUUCACAGAUUUUCUCCUACUAGGACCCAGUAUUGCCAGCUGUUUCAAAAAGCCACUGCCUAUCUUGUUUCCUGUAUUAGUUAAGGAAAAAUAUAACUUUAAAGGUUGUCCUUUAAGAAGAAUUUUAUAAUAUAAAAUUUUAUAGAAUUUUAUAAUAUAAUGUCUUUUCUGUUAUAAAUCUGUUAAUAACUGAAUCUAAGGUCAUGUGUUUUCCAGGUCUAGAAAGUGUUAGCAGAAUUACCUUAGAGCAUUGUUCAGAGGCAUAUGGAAAUUAAACCAACUCUCAGGAAAUUGUAGAAUAUUUAACUUUCUUCUUUAGACUAAUAUUUUAUAUCAUAUUGCUUUAAUGCAGUGGACAGCAGCAAUGAAAGAAACCAUUUCAUUAAACUAUCACGUAAUUAGUUUAUAUAACAUAUAUAAUUUGGGGGGAAAAUUUUUAAGCUCUGUGAAUUUUCCAGGUGUCUUUCUUAAAUUUUUAGGCUAAACAUGAUACAGAGUACGUUUUGGUAAUUUGAGUAAGAGACUGAAUAUGUUCCUUAAACUAAAAAUACUAAAAAUAUAUGUACAAAUGGGGAAAUUGCCAAAGCUGCAUUUACAAAAGCAGCAAUCAAAUUUGUAUUGAAAAAAUGACUUUGUAGGGAUAUGAUAUAUAGAAACCUCCUUGUCUUACACAGGCUUUCACCCAGUAUUAGUGACUAAUGAGUGUGAAUCUAAGACUUGUUUCUACAAAAGGUUCUAGGAGCUUACAUCAUUCCUCUUGCUUGGCACCAAGGAGUGUUUAGCCUUAGGGAGUGAGUAACAGCACCCUGAUGAUUAACUUUCAUUAAACUUGGUUAUUUCAAUAACUUCUCCAUUGUUGUAGUAAAGGUGAGAUCUAGAUUAUAUAUACAAUGAAUCCUUCUCUUUUAAACAAUCCAUGGCAGCCAGGAGAGAAAGUUGCACUUUUAUUAAAUAUGUGAUUGCUUCCCUACUCAGGAGAACUGCUGGCCUGAGCUCCUCCUUCCUUUCUUUUUAAUGAGAGCAGUUUAGUUAGAGCAAUUUGAUGUGUGGCAGCCAGGCAUAAGGUGAAUGUUUUGUCUGGGGAAGAUAGAGAGAGAUUGUUUAAAGUUAUGUGUCUAUUUUCAAUCUUGGACCUUUCUGUCUUAAGAUAGUCUUAAAAAGAAAAUAUUGUCUGUAACUGUCAUUUAGUUUCAUCCAAUCCUUGCAAAAGAAAUAAAAAACUAAAAAACUAAAUCCAAA